AUGAAUUUGAAAAAUUCCAAGUUUUACAAAAGAAUCCAAGAGCUGCGUCAUUUCUCAAAAGAGAAACUACGAAAAGAUCGUGAACAGCGGGCGCGUGUGAAACGUGAGAUCGAUAUGGCGUUAAGUGAGCGCCGUUGUAAUGCGGGAUCGGAAACAGAAUGGUCCACAACAUCACCCUUGGGCAAGACUUCCAACUAUGCACUGACGACACGACGUCGAGGGAACACCAAAAAAUCGAAAUACCCAAAGCGAGCUAAGAACAAAUCGCCCGAGCCUGCGCUGAUAAAGGCGGGAAAUAAUAGCAUGGUAUACGACUUUGGGGAUUACGAUUGCGAUGCUGCUCGAACUGAUGAUGAUCAUAAAAUCAAUGGCAUUAUACAGCUGAACAACAUGUGCUAUCGUGUCGCUUGCACUGGCCUGACCGACCCAGUGCCCCCGCACGAUGAAGGACCUUCCAUCAGCGAUUGCAAGAGCAUGAUAUGCGUAUCAAAUUCGCGCUAUGCAAUGAUUGGUCGAAUAUCGAAGUCGCUCGGCUUCAAGCUGGUCAAAGAGUCCAAGCUGUGGAACAUACUCUGGUCCGACUCCUUUCCUGGCGUCGAGCUGUUCAAGAAUAUGAAGCGUUUUCAGCAAAUCAAUCACUUUCCCGGGAUGAUCGAAAUUUGUCGGAAGGAUUUAUUGUCGCGAAACCUAAAUCGUAUGCUCAAACUAUAUCCACAUGAUUAUAAAAUUUUUCCCAAAACCUGGAUGUUACCGGCAGACUAUGGUGAUGCCGUGAACUAUGCGCUGAACCACAAACGCACCUUUAUUCUCAAGCCGGACUCGGGUGCACAAGGACGAGGAAUUUGGCUUACAAAUGAUUUGAAAACCAUCGGAGCCAAUGAACGACUUAUAUGUCAGACCUAUGUACAUCGUCCUCUAUUGAUCGAUGGCUAUAAAUUCGAUUUGCGGGUCUAUACACUCAUUACCUCCGUGGAUCCGCUUCGGAUCUUUGUGUAUAACGAGGGAUUGGCUCGAUUCGCCACUAACAAGUACGUGGAGCCCACACCGGGCAAUGCGAACGAUCUAUAUAUGCACCUAACCAACUAUUCGGUAAAUAAACGCAACUCCCACUAUGAGCUAUGCGAUAAUGAUGAUUGCGGCAGUAAGCGAAAAUUAAGCGCCAUUAAUAAUUGGAUGCGUCGGCAUAAUUAUGACGUGGAUGAGUUCUGGGCAAAUGUGGAUGAUGUCAUUAUCAAAACUGUUCUCAGUGCUUGGCCGGUACUGAAACACAACUAUCAUGCCUGUUUUCCAAGUCACGACAAGAUACAGGCCUGCUUCGAGAUACUUGGAUUUGAUGUGCUCGUCGAUUGGAAGCUAAAACCCUACAUUCUGGAGGUGAAUCAUUCGCCCAGCUUUCACACCAAUGAACAGGUAGAUCGAGAAGUGAAGCGACCCCUCAUACGUGACACACUAACUCUGGUAAGCACGGUGCUGGCGGACAAGAAGCAAAUAAUGCGCGAGGACCGCAAACGGGUUAAGCAGCGCCUACUUAAGACCAAAGGCGAGUCAAUUCCUGUUCAACGCCCAAAAGCCACCCCUUCAGCUCCCAGGGCGGAGGGAGGCGCCACCGGUGCAGAUAAUCGAGGCGCCGAUGGUGAUCCAUUGGCACAGCAAAUUGCCUGGGAGGAAGGUCAUUUGGGAAACUUUAGGCGCAUUAUGCCGCCGCAUGAUUCACAAAAAGUCAACUACUACUGUAAGUUCUAUGGGCAGACCAAUCAGGUAUCCAUUUUUGCUGAAACAGCGGCCAGUAAGAAGCGCGAGGACUUGGCUAGAAAAAUGCGUCUACAGAUUGAGGAGAAGAAGGCAAAGCAGCAGGAAAUGUUGAACGGGCGUGCCAGGCGCGAGGAACGAAUUCGGAAGCGACACUCGUUACCGCCACGAUCGGAACGCGAAAAGAAUCGUAUUCGUCUCUAUAGGCUUCAGGAGAACUGGACACCAGGUUUCAUAUCGGAGGCAGAGGAACGUUUGCGUAACACCUGGAUGCAAAUGCGCACCGAGGCUAUCAAGAGUCUAAGGAUUACAGAGCACGUGUAUUCGGGUCUGCAUUCCUCCGGCCAUCUCACCAACACUGAUAUUGUCAUAUAUCCGCAUCUAUAUCAGAAUUUGGAAAAUGGCUUUGAUAUAAGAAUUGAAGCUUAGACGUACGUACAGCGUGCAAAACUAAUUUUCGCACAACAAAAAAUUUUAAAUUUUAAAUUUCUAAAAAUAAUUGAUGCCAUAUACGGUAAGAGUUGUUUUAAAAAUUCUGUCACAAAGUCUUUGCCUAGCAAUAAAAAAUAUG